AUGAAGAUUCUCCAUCCACUGUCCUGUUUGCUGUCGCUGUCGCUGGUCGUGGCCAUCAGGCCUGGCCAUCCGAAGCACUCCACCUGGAUGCUGGAGAGUGUCAUCGCGCGAGGCGAAGGAAUCAAUCCGGCCGACGGUCUAUUGGGAGUCAUCCAAAAGGGAUUGUUCCAACAAGCGCUCAGAGCCGCCAUCGCCCAGUCCAGCGACCCGGGAGAGAUCGCCAAAUGGACGGAUUACCACCGUCGCAGCGUGGAGGCCAACAUGGAGGACCUGCUCAAUGCGACGGCGUCCUCCCGCGACCUGUCCCUGGAUCGAUUGUGCAUCGGCCGUUCGAUCAUGGAGAUGAAUCUCGAUGGCCCCCUCCAUCGCAGCGUGCUCAAGGCCCUCCGCAAAUCCCUUGACCUGCAAUUUCGAAACGACAACUCCGGCUUCUGGUACUUCGUCGACCCCCCGCCCCCCUACCCGCCCUACGGCAAUCUCUCGUACAGCGACGGCAUGUACGGCUUCGCGCCCUUCGCCACCUUCUACGGCCUGACCUACGGCGACCCGCACGUGAACCUCGACGCCGCCCUGCUGCAGCUGGAGCUUCUCUACAACCAGAGCAUCGAGCCAUCCACGGGCCUGAUCAAGCACGGCUACGAUGCCUCGCGGGAGGCGCCCUGGGCCCACCCGAUCACCGGCGCCAGUCCCAUCGUGUGGGGUCGCAGUCUGGCCUGGUAUCUGAUCGGCACGGUGGACACCCUGCAGAUCAUCGCGGACCACCCGGACGCCCUGCAGCAGGACGAGACCGCCCAGCGCAUCCUCGACAUCUUCCAGCGGCUCGCCCGGGCGACGGUCGAUGCAGUCCAGGACUCCGCCCGGAGGACCGGCCGCUAUGCCGUCUGGCAGGUGAUGGAUCGGCCGGGCGAGCCGGGGAACUUCGUCGAAGCCAGUGCCAGCGCCAUGGUUGCGUAUGUGCUGGCCAAGGGGGCGCGUCUGGGUUACCUGCCCGGCUCGCGAUCCGCGGAGAUGGCUGUCGCAUCCUCGUAUCUCCGGGUCCAGGCGCGGUCCCGGGCUCAGGCUGAGGCGCGAUAUCAGGACGUCGUGGCUGUGGCGCGCGCGCUCUACCAGGAUGUGCUGGAGUAUUUUGUCGUGCGGCGGCAGGAGGACGACAGCCUGGACUUCCUCGGGACGAGCAUCAUUGCCAGCUUGCAUGAGGAGAAGCCGUAUUACGAGUAUUAUACUCAUCGAGCGGUCACGACGAACAGCUUGAUUGGGACGAGUGCGUUCGUCCUGGCGUCUCUGGAGAUGGAGCAAGCGGCAUCUGAUAGGUAA